AUGAGCACCUUUAUCAAGUCCAGAACUCAACAGCUCGCUUCCGCCGUCACAGGUUCGCCCUCGUCCUCUUCCGCCGAUGAGCCCGCCGAGAAUACAGCCGACGAAGAGGAUUCGGAAGACUACUGCAAGGGCGGCUAUCACCCUGUCCAGGUCGGCGAGAACUUCAAGGAUGGAAAGUACACCGUCGUCCGCAAGCUCGGAUGGGGUCACUUCUCUACUGUCUGGCUCUCCCGCGACAAUAAUUCGGGCAAGCACGUUGCACUCAAGGUCGUCCGCUCCGCCGCCCACUACACCGAGACCGCCAUCGAUGAGAUUAAGCUUCUCAACCGCAUCGUCCAAGCCCAGCCCGACCAUCCCGGCCGUAAGCACGUUGUCAGCCUGCUCGACUCCUUUGAGCACAAGGGGCCUAACGGCACUCAUGUAUGCAUGGUAUUUGAGGUUCUCGGAGAGAACCUUCUGGGUCUGAUCAAGCGCUGGAAUCACCGCGGCAUCCCCAUGCCCCUUGUCAAACAAAUCACUAAACAGGUCUUGCUUGGCCUCGACUAUCUUCACCGCCAUUGUGGCAUCAUUCACACCGAUCUCAAACCUGAAAACGUCUUGAUCGAAAUCGGUGACGUGGAACAAAUCGUUAAAAAAGUGGUCAAGAAUGACACCGGCGACAAGGAAAACAAUAGAAACGGCCGCCGCCGCCGGAGGACUCUCAUUACCGGCAGUCAGCCUCUUCCAUCACCCCUCAAUUCGUCGUUUAAUCACUCGAAUUUGUUUCCGUCAGCCACGUCGCAGGCGAGUCUCGGCGAGAUGCUAGAAGAUGCCAAAAAGAAGGACUCUUCCCCCAAGGACGACCAAUCACAAACAGACAAGACUGCUGAUAUGCUCACUCGCGAAGUCUCGAGCAUCUCUCUCGACAAGUCCCCUACCGCCGCCACUGGUGAAAAGCGCAAGGCUGAGGACGCACAUGCUUCGGACAUUAUCAGUGUCAAGAUUGCUGACCUUGGCAACGCCUGCUGGGUCAACCAUCAUUUUACAGACGACAUCCAGACGCGACAGUACAGAUCUCCUGAAGUCAUCCUCGGUGCUAAGUGGGGAGCCAGUACCGACGUCUGGAGCAUGGCUGCCAUGAUUUUUGAACUCAUCACUGGCGACUACCUGUUUGACCCGCAAUCCGGCACCAAAUACGGAAAAGACGACGACCACGUCGCCCAAAUUAUUGAGCUGCUCGGUCCAUUUCCCCGUACAUGCCUCACUGGAAAAUGGGCGCAAGAAAUUUUCAACCGCCGCGGCGAGCUGCGCAACAUUCACCGGCUGCGCCACUGGGCUCUUCCCGACGUGUUGCGCGAGAAGUAUCACUUCAAAGAGGACGAGGCAAAGCGCAUCUCAGCUUUUCUCAGUCCAAUGCUCGAGCUCAUUCCGGACAAGCGCGCCAACGCAGGCGGGAUGGCCGCGCACAGCUGGCUAGAGGAUACGGCCGGCAUGAAGGGCAUCAAGGUUGAUGGACUCAAAGUCGGCAGCAAAGGCGAGGAUAUAGAGGGCUGGUCCACGCAGUCCAGGAAACGCGCAGCAUGA